AUUCUGAGUUAAACUCAGGACUUCCAGAAGACAGCUACUCUUCAGGAAGUGAAGCCCUGGAUGGUGAUGAUGAAGAUGAAACACCAGCCCUUGAUGAUGCGGUUGAAGAUGCAACAAGCUCCAAAGCUGGCCCAAGUGCAGGCUGGGCAGAUGCUAUGGCAAAAGUGCUCAACAAAAAGAUUCCACAAAAUAAGUCCACCAUCUUGGCCAAGAAUAAAAAAAUGGAGAGGGAGAGAGAAAAGGAAAAACAAGAAAGGCUGGAGAAGAGGAUGAAGCUCGAUAAAAAGCGGGAGUGGGAAAUGAUGUGCCGAGUGAAGCCAGAUGUUGUCAAAGACCGAGACAGAGAAAGAAAUCUUCAGAGAAUUGCCACAAGAGGUGUUGUACAAUUAUUUAACGCUGUCAGGACGCACCAAAAGAACAUUGAUGAGAAGGUGAAGAAAGCUGGGAGCUCUGACAGGCAGCGUGCUAAACUGCUGUCAUCUGUUUCAAAGAAAGAUUUCAUCAAUGUCUUAAGAAACAUGGAGGGUGCUAAAGGAAGCAAGAAUUCUGCUGGAAAAACCACAAAAAGUAAACAGGGUGAAGUGAAGUCUGAAGAGGGGCCAGAAUGGAAUAUACUGCGUGAUGACUUCAUGAUGGGAGCAUCUAUGAAAGACUGGGACAAGGAAAGCGAUGAAGAUGGCAAUACUGAACAAGGAGGUGGUCUGAAACAAGAUGAUGAGAGUGACUGAAUGAAACUGAAAACCAUUCAAGAUAAUGUUUUAUCUUCUUAACUUUGGUUAAAAAGUCGACAUUCUGUGAAUGUACAACACUUGGAGGAUGUCUCCUUUUUUAAAAAAAAGGACUUGCACAACUUUGGAGUGUUUUCUCCUCCAUGCCAAACUUUUAUUUAAUAUAGCUUCAUUUGCUAUACUGAAAUCCUGAAAUAUUUUCCAAAACAUGUAUAAUUUUCAACAUAUUUCCAAAACAUUUUGUACAGUCAAAAUAGUGGCACCUGCCCAAUGAAAGAAAGAUUUUGCCAAGGUCAUUAAAAGUUUAUACAUUAGUCAUGGCAAUUGAUGUAUUAGUGUGCCUGCAUUUCCAAAUCAGUGUUGCACUUUGAAAAAUUGUUAGCAAUUCGCAAUAGAAAUGGCUUACAAUAAACACAGAAAUGCCGUCACCUUGUAAAGUUAUCGGACUCCUAUAGAGUCUUUACUACUUUGGCCAGGAAAGGUUUUGUAGAUAAUAAAGAA